GCCUCGAGCAUGGCGGCCUCUUUGAUUUCAUACCGUACCAAGCCAAAUUUGUUUGCUGUCUUGAUCGGCCUUUCGACAGGCUUUCACGCAUCCCUGUGUUUUGUGUGACGUGUGUAUAGAAAAGCACAUCGUUGGCAGCAUCAUCAUCAUCAUCUUCGCGAUCAUUACACUCGCCGUGUGGUAUAUCGUUGCGUCUCACGUGUCACACAAAAAUUCAACUUACGACAGCCGCAAACCCCCUUUUUUGUUCAACCCGCCAGUCACCUGGGACUCGGCAUCAAAAGAGAUCGGAAGAAAUUUUCAAGACAUGCAAAGCGACGGGCCUGUGGAGGGGUACGAUCGCACAUCGGACGCAGAGUUCGAUCCGCUCGCCGACCCCGAGGAACGACGCGUCUUGUACGCAGCCAUCAAUUCGUUCCACCGAUACCGUGAACAGGCGCAUUUCCACGUCACGCACAAGCGUCGACAAGCGUUUUAUGCCUUGCCGCAGAAGCACUGGCAGCUUCUGUCCGCUCCGCCUUUCAACCUGCUGUCGACGCUGGAGGAGAUCGAUCAUGCCAUUGAGGUCAACGCCAAGAUAGCCGAAGCCUUUGUCGCGAGCGGGGUUGCCAUGUACGGCCUGGACGAACCUCCAAACGAGCCGCCGUACAGCCAUGCCGAGUCAGAGGGUGAGAUCAGUCACUCGACACGUGCAGAUUGGCAGGGCCCAGCGCUUCCGCACGAUCAGGAAAAGGCUCACAGCACGGUCAAGCAGCUGUACCGCGAUUGGAGCGCCGAAGGCGCGCCCGAAAGACGUGCCUGCUACGAUCCGGUCAUCGCAGCUCUGGACGAAGAGUACAAGUCCAUCCCUCGUUCGCAGCGAGGGGUCGUCCGAGUGCUCGUUCCCGGCGCUGGCCUCGGUCGCUUCGUCUACGAAGCAACCAAGGCGGGCUACGCUGUGGAGGGCAACGAGAUCUCGUACCAUCAGCUCGUCGCGUCCAACCACAUGCUCAACCACACCACGCAUGCCGGGCAGUACGAACUAUAUCCUUGGAUCCACGGUUUCUCCAACCACGUCAACAGGCAGGACCAGCUGCGUAGCGUUCUCGUGCCAGACGUGCACCCUGCCACGGAGCUGCAGCGCGUCGCCUCGCAGUCGGACAUCCACCCUUUCGAGCGAAUGUCCUUCUCCAGCGCUGAUUUCUGUGUCGCGUACAAAGAAGCAGACGCGAAGGAGACAUUCGACUCCGUGGCAAGCAUCUUCUUCAUCGACACCGCCCCGAACGUGAUCAAAUAUGUCGAGGCUGUGCGCCACUGCUUGAAGACAGGCGGCGUCUGGAUCAAUGUGGGUCCACUGAAGUGGCACUUUGAAGGUUCCGCGGCCUACAGGAACAAGGGACGAGGUGAGAGCAGCGCUAACAAGCGGGAGACCCGCGGUCGACUUGGCAAUGUCGCAACCGAUGAAGGGAUCGGCGACCCUGGCUCUGUAGAGCUGGCGGAGAAUGAGGUGAUGGCCCUUCUAGACACCAUGGGCUUCGAAGUGGAAAGACACGAGACGAUGCAGAUUAGCACCGGAUACAUCAACAAUCCCAACAGCAUGUGGCAAGGGGUCUACUACCCAAGCUUCUGGGUAGCCAGAAAGCGGAAAUAAUGACGCAUGGCCAGAAGCAUUGCGAUGUUACUGCUGCCCGUCGGGUGAGAAUGUGGGCAAAAAGCCUGCUCCAUUCAUUGGUUUUGCUUUUUGGGGGGUUGAGAGGGCAGCGUACCUCUCCGUACUCUGCACCAUAUUAUUGGCCUGGCAGCAUUUGCAGCCGCAACAGUAGGUUGCUGAGACGCAAAUGAGGGUUUCGUAACUGUUCCUCCUGGAACACGAAAAAGAAAAUUACGACAUGGGGCGUGUGUGCAUGGUUUUAGUCAAGCAAAUAGGCGGCGCAUCGAACAUGGUGUGUGGUGAGUGGGUGGCUCCCGUAUGCUCG